GGAGCGGCUGUCAGGGAGCGGCUGGCGUGUGUGGGGCGGGCAGCAAUGCGGCGCUGGAGGCUCCUUCCCGUGGUGGUGCUCCUCGCCGUCCUGGUCCCCGUCAGAGGCAAUUUUGACGACUUCAACUUACAAGAUGCAUUUGAAACUACAGCGAAGCCUCCUCUAACUCAGAAGCCACCACCAUCAGAUUUGGAUGAUUUCAGCUUGGAACAUGCUCUUCAUCCUGAUGACCCCAAGCCAGGUCCGCCUGCAAAUCCUAGAAACACUGAUAACCCCAAGCAAGGUCCACCUGCACAUCCUAAAGACACUGGCAACCUUGAUGAUUCAGAUUUAUACGAUGGCAGUUUACCAAAAGGAGGAGGCGGUGGUAGUGGCAGCAAUGAACGAAAGAGCCCAAGCCCAAAUAAUGGCGAAGAAGCUGAGGCUUCUCAGGGAGCAAUAGCUGGAAUAGUAAGUGCUGUGGUUGCUACUGUAAUUGGAGCAGUAUCUAGUUUCAUUGCUUACCAGAAGAAGAAACUCUGUUUCAAACAAAGCGCAGAUGAAGAGAAUGUGAAUAUGGAAAGCCAUCGGGGAGCGCAAUCUGAGCCACCUGGUAAGAGAAGAAUCUAGAUGGAAGAUCAACUUUUUGUUCAGCGCACACUUCUGGAGAACUAAAUUAAAGAAAACAUGAUGAAGAACAGAUCACUGAAACUGGAUAGAGAGCCUGCAUUCUGCCUGAAAAAAAAAAGGAAACAAAAAAAGCAUAAUGUAAACAGCAGAGUCUGAAGUUGCAUGAGAAAACAGUUCUUGUUUGAAACACCUCUGGGAGUGUGACUUAGACCUGAGUACUUCUGUAUGGUUAGCCCUGUGAAGCAUUGUUGCACACCAAUAUAUGGCCUUAAUGACAGGAGUGUAGAAGUAUGUUGUGCCUUUACAUUCUUUCCUUUACUCCUGUGACAAAUGGGUGUGUCUCAAGUGCAUUCAGUAUGUUUAACUUUUCCUUACCUCUCCAAAAACAAUAAGCAAUUAACUUUUUGUUAUGCCAUUGCUUUCAGGCAGUGCAAACUUUUUUUUUUAAUAUCCUAUACACAGUGAGUGUACCAACCAAACAACUUGGUAUAUGUUGUGGGCACCUGAAAGCAAAUGGUUCACUGUGUGUAGAUAAUGGACCUGGGUGUGGGUGCUGCUGAUACAAUCUGUGUAGCUGCCUGGGUCAGCCACCAGGGAAGAGAUAGUUGUUCUUGAUCAUCCAAGAGACAAAAAUUCAGUUUUGUUUUUGCAUUUUUUUUGUUGCAUCUGUCUGGUACAGAUUCAGAACACCCGAACUAGUGCACACAGACCCUUCAUCCUUUCUGGCUCUUCCUGCUUAGCAAGUAUUGAGCUGGUCAGAUGUGGAAAAGCCUGAUUUGCAAAUCAGAACCAUGAUUGAAUUUUGUACAUCUGGUGAGAUUGAUGUUUGGCAGUUGUUUAAACAGUUGUGGAUGAAGUAUUGGGGUGUGGGGAUUAACAUCUUCAGGCUUCCAUAACCAAAAACUUAACAGAAAAUAAUGUUGAAUUCAGAAGUCUUAUCAUACACACUUAAAAGACAGGAACAGUACUACAGUUUGAAAGUACCUAAUAGCAAGACUGACCAGAACAACACAGCCUCAUUCCACAAGCAUCCAUUGAACAGUAUAAAUAAUAUACGUGUGAAGAAUGCUUUUGGACUUGUGAAAGAUUGCCAUCGGGAUGAGGACCUGUGAUUGCAUCCUCAACUGAAAGCACUUGUGAGCUUUGCUGUGGCUCUUGAAAGCCACAGGAAGGUUUCAAGGAUCUGUGGAAACAUGGAAAACUGCAACUCAUAACAGCUAAAGGACUAAGUCUGGAAUAAUAACUAGUUCUGUCUGGAAGGAAUAGUCUGACCAGUUCUGUUGGCUUUCAUUCUAAUUGUUUCCAAUUUUCAUGCAAUUUUACAAUAUGUGUCUUACUAAUGCGCUUCAGCCAUCUGGCAAAGUUCUACAGAAAGAUGACAUUUCAUGGAACAUCUUAGAAGUCAUUAUGAAUUUGGAUAUUAAACAUGUAAAUAUAUCUGUGCAUUCAGAUAUGAAUGUAUGCCAAGGAUAAUUCAUUUAAGAAUUUCUUGUACAUGUUUCUUAGCUUACAACAAAGCUUUACACAGAUUUUAGUAUUUUGUUAUGGAAUUAAUUUGUAAACCUCUCUUUGCCCCACUUCUGCUUUUAGUAUAAAAGUGCUAAAACCUUUAAGUGUGUUUGAGGGUGGAAAAGUGAUUUUUAUAUAAACAUUUCAUCUAUGUAAAUACAAGGAAAUGAAAUGUACUGCUUACCUGCAUGAAUAAACAGGUAUCUCAUAUCAAUGCCAAGUAUAGAAAAAACAGAAAUAAGCCAGUGUUUGUUAAGGAUAGAAUGGCGGGGGAAGCUCAAACUAGCUUUUAGCUAACCAGACUCUUGAAUCCUUCUUCAGCUUUUGCAAGCCUAAAAAUUACUUAUUAAAACCUCCUAUCAACAUUGUGAUUUUUCUAAAAAUAAAUUAAAAAAAAAAAAAGAAAAUGUUUUUGUAUUUUCCUUCUUAGUAGCUCUAGAAAUACAAAAAUUUUGGUGCUCCACCAGAGAAGCAGUCUUCAAAGGGAGUUUGUCUUCGUGCUCCAUCAGCAAUUCAGGUUUAUUUCUUACAGAUGUUUUAAUCAUUUUAGAAGGAAGUUGGCCAGUAGCAACAAAGCUGUGAGCUGCUUUCACAGGGUGCUUACCAGUGCAAAGUGCAGAGAAGACCUCUGUCUGAGUGAAGGACAGGCAUGGCUUCUGAAGAACACCUAGAUUUGGUAACACAGAAUCUACGGAAAAUAUGCACACCAAUAGAAGGCUUAGUAUGGACAAACUUAACAGUGUUUGCGUUGAGUGUUCCUCAUCCAGCUAUCAUCACAGCCCUUAGGAGUAGACACUUUUGCAGGGCCAUGUGUCAUUGUCUCACCUUCU